ACCACUGAAGCAGAGACAGAUCGAGGGAGAGACAGCCGCAGAGACGGACAUGGAAGCACAGAGACGCAGGGACAGAGAGAGGGACCAUAUCGAUGGAGAAAUGGACAACGCAACACACUGAUGCUUGAUGACGUGAACUGACUGGCACCAGGAGGACUCUUGGCUCAGCAACAACAGAUCUGGCACAUCUGGGCCGGCACUCUCAAGAGAAGUACAGCUGCCUGCUCCAAACACACACACACACACACACACACACACAUACUAAAGCCUGAUUCCGGAGCAUUUUGGCAAGGGAAGAUCAACUGCAAACAGACUCCUGCAUGUUUGAUCCGUCAGCGACCGCUUCCUGACUCACGACCACGGAGCCUUCUGGAAUGCGGUCCUGCUUCUGUCCCACCGAGAGGCGGUCAUCCUGGACUCUCGACCGUCGACCCUGACUGGAACAUGAACGUGGUUCUGUUGAGCGUGCGGUCAAUAUGCUUGGUCUGGGCGUUGUGUUGGCCCGUCGCCACGGUGACCGGGGCCCGUAGCACCGGACGCAAGAAACACAAAGAUGUUUACCUGGGAGAGAACAGCAAAAACAAAUAUGGAGGGAGGAUUGACUACAAACUGAAGAAGCAGGACAGCACCAAGUCUCUCCUCAUAAAGACAGAACAGCUUCUGAGAAUCGAGGAACACGAUUUUGCCAUCAGACCUGGCUUCGGAAAUGCAGCUAUCCCUGUGGGCAUCGACGUGCAGGUGGAGAGCAUUGACAGCAUCUCAGAGGUCAACAUGGACUUCACGAUGACCCUGUACCUGCGUCACUACUGGAAAGAUGAACGUCUGGCUUUUCCUUCUCAAAGUAACCUGAGCCGAACGUUCGACGCUCGUCUGGUGAAGAAGAUCUGGGUUCCUGACGUGUUCUUCGUCCAUUCCAAACGUUCCUUCAUCCACGACACCACAAUGGAAAACAUUAUGCUUCGGGUCUAUCCUGAUGGAAACAUCCUGUACAGUGUCAGGAUAACUGUGACUGCUCUCUGUGCUAUGGACUUCAGCAGCUUUCCUCUGGACACACAAAACUGCUCUUUAGAACUGGAGAGCUAUGCCUACAAUGAGAAUGACCUCAUGCUCUACUGGAAGAACGGCAAUGAUUCUCUGCGGACAGACGAGAUUGUUCUCUCUCAGUUCUUCAUCGAGGAGUUCAACCCCUCCAAUGGCCUGGCCUUCUACAGCAGCACAGGCUGGUACAACAGGCUGUACAUCAACUUCAUCCUGAGGAGGCACAUCUUCUUCUUCAUGCUGCAGACUUACUUUCCCACCAUGCUGAUGGUUGUCCUCUCCUGGGUCUCCUUCUGGAUCGACAGGAGAGCUGUACCUGCCAGAGUAUCACUGGGAAUAACCACAGUUCUGACCAUGUCCACUAUUAUCACCGGGGUCUCCUCAUCCAUGCCCCAGGUGUCGUAUGUGAAGGCGGUGGAUAUCUACCUGUGGACCAGCUUCCUGUUUGUCUUCCUGUCCGUGAUUGAGUAUGCUGCUGUCAACUACUGCACCACUGUGGAGGAGAUGAGGAAACUGAAGAAGGGCAAGAUCCCAACAUCCUACAACGCCAGCCAGGCCAUGGCCUUCGAUGGCUGCUUUCAUGACAACGACAUUGAGCUGACCCCGUUCCCAAGCCUGGUCCCAACCUUGACCCCUAACCCCCUCGAAACCUCCACUCAGGACUCGGGGGAUGCUCCGGCCACGGAAGGGACGCGUCUACGACGACAGCGUUCUGUUCGUGAAAACUUGGAUUUGCUGCUUCGUCACAGCUACAUGAUUGACUCAUACUCCCGUGUGGCUUUCCCUCUCUCCUACCUCCUUUUCAACAUCAUUUACUGGAGCUUGUACUCCUGAGAGCGCUGUGAGCGAGUCUGUCGUCAUGAAGGAGAGAGUGUCCACAUCUUCUGGGGGAAACUAUUAAUGACUUGUGAUCCAACAGAACUGGUAUUUUUACUCCUGAGGGACUGCCUUUUGUUAAAUUGUUCGACUGCCUAUUUAGAAAUAUUUAAGUUUCAACUAGGAGAGACAGUCUUCUAUUUUGAGGAUCAACUGGACACUAAUGUGGUGAUGCCUACUGUUGUGAGUGCUUGGUUUAUAAUAACAACAUGAUCCUCAAUUGAGUAUUAAUAUCUGUAGAAUUUGAAGGCCCUGAUAAAGUUGCCCAGGUGGUUCAAAUGCAUUUGUCAAAAACAAAUGGCUAUUUAAUAGUGAAGAAAUUACACAAAACCAUGUUUAAUGUGUGUAUAUCACUGUGUGUACUUAAAAACAUUGAUUUUGUUUGUAUGUCAGUGAAUAGAUAUUAGAACUUUUAUAAAUUUUAGAAAUAUACAUUUAUUAUGUAGCCUAAUGUCACUUAGGCUAUUGCCUAUUGCAACAAUAUGUCAAGGAUAUUUUUCAGUAUUCGUUUGUUCUACUAAUUUUGAAAAUAAACACGAAGGUCUAAUAUUUAGCCACGGUUUAAAUCAACCAAUUUCGCUGUUAUUCAGUUGCAAUGGUGCCCAUGGUUACUCCAAAGUUUUGUUUACAUACAUGUGGAAGCAUUGCACGACAGCCCCCGCUGAGGAAGCAACACACACGCACGUCGUAGCUGCUAGCUAGCUAGUCAACAAG